AUGCAGCAAAAGUUCACCGGAUGGGCCCUUUUGGCCCUGAUCAGCUCGUCGAUGGUUCUUCAUACGAUCGCGUAUCCUCAGCAACAAACGCCGCUCAUAUCAAGAGCGACAAGUAACGUACGGACACAUAAUCCAGUAUAUUAUAGUAACUCUUUGCCUUCGCCGCAAGAGCAAUUGGGUCAAGAGAGGAAGUAUGCCGAGAAACCAAACGCGCUCAAGAAAGUAGUCGACGAUAUCGAUGAUACACAAACUAAUUCAAUAUCUGAAGGUGGUUUCUCCUGGUCAAAUAUGUUAGGUAUGAUAAUGCAAAUGAUAUUCAACCCAGGCGGCACCAGCCCCAACAAGAGCGACAGCAUUGACACCGAACCGGCUUCUUCGUCACCAUGGGCCAACUUGCUGUCCAUGGGCCUAAAGAUUUUAACAGCCAUACUCGGAGGCGGUGCACCUGUUGACGGAAUCGACAAAGUGGACUCUUCGUCCCCCAUGCAGGGUAUAUUGGCUGCGGUUCUUUCGACGGUGCUCGGUGCAAAAGACCCCGACCAAGUCGCCUCGAUGGCAAAGCAAGCUGGAGAGUUCAUUAGCAUCGUCGUGAAUCUCCUGGAUGCCCUCAAGACCUCAUUCUCUCAUCGGUCGCUUACUGCGCGAUCUAUGGGUCGUAAGGAUUCAGUCAGCGAUGCGGCCAUCGCUGGUAUAUCCAUGCUCAAGACCUAUGUAAGGUCUUUUGGAACGAAUGACGACAAAUGUCUUCAAAAAUACGUAUGCGAUGCUAACAAUGAGUGUUCUUCUGACAUUGGACCGAAAAGCAUCUUCUGUCAGCUUGGAACAUACGCAGCAAGUUUCGUGCUAGAGAGGCAAUCCGGAGGCACCUUUGACGACUUCUAUGAAGCUGGACGCAGAGGACGUUCCGGCAUUGAUUGCCGUCAAUUGUAUCUCGAAUGUAACGAAGUU